GGGAAACUUCAGCCUCAUGCCCUUUUUGCACAGAGGCAAGGGCAUUGGGUUAAAAACAGUUUCCUUUGCAGCCCCAAAAGCAAUUCCAAUACGCCGCCCACUCAAUUUCUCUUCUCUUUCCCAAUGUCUGCAGGACUGUCUUUGAGGAUCUGAUUAUUUACUUUACUUCAGUCGUGUCAAAACCAUCGGAAUAUUUCAAUAUCUGUCGCUAACGUCCAGUCCUGCGAAAGCUUAUCCACUGAAGCUGAGGAGGAAUAGAUCAUACAAAAAUUGAAAAGCGCCGAAUCUAAGUUCCAAGACGAGUUAAAUUACAAUAGGGGAUUCAGAUAAUUCUCCUCAAUAUAUAGUUUCUGUUGAAAUUUGAUUUAUUGGCAUGGAGGAUAGCAGUAGUAAAUCACAGCCUGGGUCUCCUAAAGAAAACCCAGAUCAUGAUUCUGAGAAAAAAUCAAUAGUCAAGGAUGAUAACAACAGCACACUGGAAACAAUAGUCCGUACGAUCCAGGACUCAAUUUCUACAGGCAAGAAACACAAAUUUUGGGAAACCCAACCAGUAGGUCAAUUCAAGGAUGUUGGGGACUCGAGUUUGCCUGAGGGCCCUAUUGAACCUCCAACCCCAUUGUCUGAAGUCAAACAAGAACCUUACAAUCUCCCUAGCCCAUAUGAAUGGACCACUUGUGACAUGGACUCCGAAGAGACUUGCAAUGAGGUUUACAAUCUCUUGAAGAACAACUAUGUUGAGGAUGAUGAGAACAUGUUUAGGUUCAAUUACUCUAAGGAGUUCCUUCGGUGGGCUCUGCGCCCACCCGGCUAUUAUCGGAGCUGGCACAUUGGUGUUCGUGCCAAAGCUUCAAAGAAGCUGGUUGCGUUUAUAACUGGUGUACCUGCAAGGAUUAGGGUGCGUGAUGAAGUUGUGAAAAUGGCCGAGAUCAAUUUCUUAUGUGUGCAUAAGAAGCUCAGAUCAAAGAGACUUGCUCCUGUUAUGAUUAAGGAAGUUACUAGAAGGGUUCAUUUGGAGAAUAUUUGGCAGGCGGCUUACACUGCUGGAGUGGUUCUUCCAACACCAAUAACUACUUGUCAGUAUUGGCAUAGGUCUUUGAACCCAAAGAAGCUUAUUGAUGUUGGCUUCUCUAGGCUGGGGGCAAGGAUGACCAUGAGCAGAACAAUAAAACUUUACAGGUUACCGGAUUCACCUGUUACUCCUGGGUUUAGAAAAAUGGAGCUUCGUGAUGUACCUGCUGUUUCACGUUUGCUUAGAAACUACUUGAGCCAGUUUGUUGUUGCCCCAGAUUUUGAUGAGGAUGAUGUGGAACAUUGGCUUCUUCCAACUGACAGUGUGGUUGAUAGUUUCUUAGUUGAGAGCCCACAGACUCACGAGAUUACUGACUUCUGCAGCUUCUACACUCUUCCAUCAUCCAUCCUUGGCAACCAGAAUUACUCGACUUUGAAAGCUGCUUAUUCAUAUUAUAAUGUUGCCACUAAGACUCCACUGCUUCAGUUGAUGAAUGAUGCGCUUAUUGUUGCCAGGCAAAAGGAUUUUGAUGUUUUUAAUGCAUUAGAUGUUAUGGAAAAUCAGUCUUUCCUGAAAGAGCUGAAAUUUGGACCAGGUGAUGGGCAACUUCACUAUUAUCUUUACAAUUAUCGCAUACGAAAUGCUUUGACACCGACAGAACUUGGGCUUGUACUCUUGUAGUUUCAUACUUCUGAAGGUCCACACUGUGGUUUCUUUUUAUUUAAAAGGUAUGUGGGUUACAUUUAUUUUUAACUUUUUUCCCCCAGAGCAGCAGCAUAGAAUGAGAUUUUUGAAGUGUAUUUGAGAGAGUGGUUCUGUGGUUUUAUAAAGCCUGAGAUGUGGAGACAAUUUUCGAUUUGGUUAGCCAUUCCAAUUGUUAUCUGAUUCUUGAUUUUGCUCUCUCAUUUUUCCUGCAUAAUUCCGUGCACUUGGACAGCAUGAUUAUUUGCUUAAUUCGCUGGAAUCCACUUUAUUUAGACAUA